AUGGAGAGAAUCUUCAACGCCAAGAGAUGUCCAGAUGAGAACAGGUUGGCGUUCACAGAAUAUCUAUUGACUGGGGAAGCGAGCCACUGGUGGGCGAGCACGAGGGCUAUUCUGGCAGACGCCCAACGUCCCAUCACAUGGGAAGUAUUCCGUAGCAAGUUUUAUGAAGAAUACUUCCCUGACAGCAUCCGUUUUGCGAAGGAGGUGGAGUUUCUACAACUGGUUCAAGGUGGGAUGUCAGUUUCUGAAUACACCAACAAGUUCAAGCACCUUGUCCAUUUCAAUACGAUGGCCACCAGUGAAGAGUGGCAGUGCAGGAAGUUUGAGAACGGACUGCGGAGUGAUAUGAAGGUCUUGAUUUCCAGUUUAUGCAUCCGGUCGUUUCCUGCUAUGGUUGAGAGAGCCAAGGUAUUGGAGAAGAAUAUGGCAGAAGCGGAACGACAGAAGAAACAGCAACAAGUGAAUAGGCGACCGAUCGUGUCCAGGGGAAGUAUUAUUCAGAGGAGAGCCCCUUACGCUCGUCCAAACCAGCCAUCUAGCGCGAGUGGGUCUCAAGCCUUGAUUCUUGCCGGACAGUCUGGUCAGCACGGAAACGUUACUUGUUUCUUGUGUGGAGGGCCACACUACCGUUCUUCAUGUCCUCAGCUGGUGGGAGGAAAACACUGCAACCGUUGUGGACGGAAUGGGCACUUGGAUAACGAGUGCAACAUGAGUGGACGUGCAGUGAUGAGGCCACCAAAUGCUGGAAGGAACCAACCGAGAGGUGGCAGAGCUCAAGCAGUAGGACGAGUGUAUGCUAUAACUGGAGCAGAAGCAGCAAGCUCAGGUAACCUUAUAACCGGUGAAUGCUUGCUGUAUGGAAUAUCUUGUCGUGUGCUGUUUGAUUCUGGGGCGACUCACUCCUUCAUCUCGAAGGCAUGUGUUGAAAAAUUGGGGAUAAUUGAGAGGGAGAUGCAGUUCGACUUGGUGGUAUCGACCCCAGCGGCUGGAGAGAUUAGGACGUCUACCGUAUGCAUUAGAUGUCCUAUUGUGGUUGAGGGGCGUAGUUAUAAGGUGAACUUGAUCUGUUUACCUUUAAAGGAGUUAGAAGUGAUUUUAGGAAUGGAUUGGUUGGCUACCAAUCGCAUUCUCAUAGACUGUGGUAAGAAGGAGUUAAUUUUUCCGAAUGAAGAAGAAGAAGAAUUGUCAGUGACGCUCGGCCAACUGAAAGAGGAUAUUAUGGAGGGCGCCAGCUGUUUCCUGAUUAUGACGCACGCAGAUCCGGAAUUCGGAAGGAUGGAGCAAGAACGAUCGUCCAGUAGCAAUAAUGGACGAUCGUUGUGGACGAAUUUCCGGACGUCUUUCCGGAAGAGAUACCUGGACUUCCCCCUCCUCGAGAAGUUGAGUUCACCAUUGAUUUGGUGA